AUGGCCUCCGGUGUGUCCAUGGUGUCGAAAAGCUCCCCUGCCGUAGCCGCUGCGGCUCGAGCGCGAGCUGGCCGGGACGCGAGCUGCCGGCGGGAGAGCACGGACGCCGCGCGGGCGCCCGCUGCGCCCGGGGUGGCUCGGGGGCCUGGGCAGCUCGAGCUCCCGGUGCGCCUCGUGGAGGAGGCCCUGGCGCAGGACGAGCAGCAGCUGCAGCUGGAGCAGCUGUGCGCUCCCGGCGCAGGCCACGAAGGCCACCAGUUUUUGCAGCAGGGCGUGCUCCGGGACGUCCAGCGCGUCUGGAGGGCGUUCGACUCGCGCCUCGUUCUCUGGAGCUACGCCAACCCUCGCGAUCCAGAAGUGACAGAGUACCUUGGCGUGGAUCAGCAGAUAGUAUCUGUGACCACGGCCACUCCGAAGGACUUCGUCUCUGGAGUGAACUACUUUCUCGUCCUGGCAACGCCUGUGGAGGUAUCGCUCCAUACACUGUGCUUCGCGCCUAACAGUGACCGGUUGCUCCCAAUCGCACGUACGCGGCACGCAGUGGUCACUGACGAUAUCGUGGUGGGGACAAUUGUGUGUGACGAUCUCACAGGUCGCAUCUUCAUGGGCGGCAGUGACGGCUGCAUCCACGAGUUCCAGUACUUCGACGACGACGUCUCCUGGCUCGGCGGGCAGAAGCCGAGCCGGAAGCGCGCCGUGAGCUGGAAUCUUCAGAGCACGCUGCCAACACUUCUGCGCAAGGCAUCGGAGUACAUCCAGCCGCCUGCGGCAAGUAAAGUCACCGAGCCCCCACUGAUCCAGCUGUGCACCAUCUCCAACACGACCCUCGCGACGCAGGUCCAGAAGGCCCGCGGCCAGCUGUUCCCGGGCCUCGCGCAGGUGGGCGCACGGCCGGGCGCCCUGUCCGGCCUGCUCGGCGACGCGGGCUUCUCGCCCGCCGGCUCCGCGGCCUCGCCGAGGCCGGUCGCGAGGCUGAUCCCGCUGGGGCAGCACGACGGGGGGAGCGUCGUGGCGUGCGCGGUGUGUGAGGACGGCGUUCGGAUCUUCCUGCGGGGCAACUACAAGAGGGCGGGCGCGGGCGGGUCCCUCGCCUCUGCGCCGACGGACGGCGCUGGCGCGCAGGCCGGGGCGAAGGCUCAGCCUCCGCAGAUGUCCUCGGUGGCGGUCCACCACGUCCGCUUCCUGGACGCGAGCGCGCCGCAGCUGCGCGUGAGGGACGCCGAGCAGGUCGACGGGAUCCUGCUGCUGGUGGCACAGAUUGCAGGCGCGCCUCCCGCGGCGAGCCCUGCCGCAGGUCGUGCCUGGGGCGCCGGCGGCCCCGGCGCGGCGGGGGCGCCGCAGGGCGGCGACGUCGUCGUGGCCAUCGGCCCGGACGCCCGCGCCGUGGCCCAGCGGCAGAGCCGCGGGCACGCGGCGUGGCUGGCCACGCCCGCCGGCCUCGUCUCGAAUGUGGACGUCGUCGGCGUGGGCGGGGCGGGCCCGUGCCGUGUCGUCUCCCUGGCCGCCUGCGGGCAGCGGCUGCCCCGGGGCCUGCAGUUCCUGUACGGCCGCAGGCCCGGCGCGGCGAUGGUCCAGCCGGUGGCGGCGCUCAGCGAGCUGGCCCGGCAGCAGCUACUGCCCCCCACGCGCUUCCUGGUGGUCUCGAAUCUCGGCGUCCACAGUGCCACAAAGAUCCAGCCACUGCAGGCCCUGCAGCGGCAUCUGCUGAGCGGGGACACGGCGCAGCUGCGCGACUUCGCCGCGCGGUACACGCCGGAGCAGACUUCGGCGCUGUGCUUCCAGCUGCUGGCGUCGGCCGCUGGCGCUGCUCGCAGCGCUCCCGCACGGGACGUGGGCUACAGGGAGAUCGGAUGCCCCGCGGUCGCACGGGAUCCCCAGGAGGAGAUAGUGGCACAGCGGGCACAGCACGUACUUUUUUCACCUCAGUUGGCUCGCGAGCUGGGGUUGUCCCAGGCGGUGGCGUCCGUCGACACCCGGACCCUCUAUCCCCCUGCGGCCGCGUUUGGCCAGUUCGUGCAGUUGCGCACUGCCUGCAACGCCUCUGGCCGCCUUCGUGGCCUCUGCCUGUACCUGAGCCGGAUCCUGAGGCCCAUGUGGCUCGUGCCGGUCAUGGCGGUCACGUGGCCACCCAGGGCGCCUGGCGCCAACCGCCUGAAGCGCAAGGCCGGCGAGUGGUGGCCGCCCGCGCCAGCCUCCGCGCCACCCGUCCAGGGUGCGCAGUGGCGCUGCACAUGGUCCCGAGCGCAGCGCGCGCACGUCCACGCCCAGCUCGCGGCGCUGCUCGUGACGCUCGAGGGCUGCAAGGCCUUCUUCGAUCCCGGCAGCACCGCGACCGGCCUGGCCCUGUCCCCCGGGGGCGCGGCGCCCGCUGCCCUCGGGGCCGCCGUGGACCCGUCGGCAGCCCCGGAGGCGUCGGUUGCGGCCGGCCUGAUGCUGCUGACCUCCACGGCGGUGGAGGCGCUGCUGUUCCUGGAGCUCGUGGCCGGGCAGGCGGACGCGCUCUCCGCGGCACCCUGCCCGCCAGAGGUGCUCGUCAAGUUCGCGGAGCUGUCGCUCCGGGACCUCGUCUGCCAGCCAGAGGCGCGGCAGGUCCUGCAGCAGCUGAUGCAGGGCGGCGUGGUGGCCUGCCGCCAGCUGCACGCCAGGUGUCGGCGCGAGGACCUGGAGGUGCAGGAGGCGUGCGAGCUCCUGGCGGCCGUCCAGGGCAGCCUGGCGGCCGCGAGGGGCUCCGGCGACCUGCUCGACAGGGCCCGCCUCGGCGCGCUGGUGCAGCGGGCCCUGCGCGCGCUGCUGCAGCACGCCGCGCGGGUGGACCUGGCCAGGGCUUGCGGCCUGCUUCGCGCCGUCGGAGCGUGCAAGGGCCUCGUGGCGCUCUGCGCGGGCGUCGCCCGGGCCCGGGACCCCCGCGACGAGGCGCUGAGGGCCGCGGACCCGCUGAGCGCGCGCGUGCAGCAGCUGCACUAUGCGCGGCUGGAGUGCUACCAGGCCAUCCUCGAGGUCUUCGAGGACGUGCACGCGUGCGCGCGGAAGCACCAGUCCUCCGUCGCGGGCGCCGCGGGCCCCGCGCUGCUGAGCGCGGGGGCCGCGCCCGGCGCCCCGAGCGAGCUGCCCGAGCUGCUGCCCGUGCCGGUGGCGGACGCCGACGCGCCGCUCGUGCUCGACGCGCUGCUGCGGCACUGCCUCGAGGGGCAGCCGCGCUUCGCGGACGAGCUGUUCCACUUCUGCGUUCUCAAGUGGAUGGUCCAGCGGGACCUGCCGGUCUACCGCUACGACUCGCCGUACGCGAAGGGCUUCCUGGAGGCCUACGCCCAGGACCAGCCGGAGCUCCUGUGCAGGUACCUCCAGCACCGAGGCCGGUGGUCGGAGGCGUGCGACGCGUACGUGGCUCUGGCGCGGGACCCGGCCCGCGCGCCCGAGGCGCACAGGCAGCUGGUGCUGCUGCAGGCCGCGUCCCUCUGCGCCGGGAUGCCCGGCUCGGGCCGGCGCGCCGAGCCGAUCUGGCGCGCGGCCCAGGAGGUCCUGGAGCGGCAGCGGCAGGAGCGCCAGUCGGUGCAUGCGGAGAUCCUGCCCCCGCCAGCGGAGCUGCUCCCUGGCUGAGGU